AUGAACAAUGAUCCGGGCCCGAGCUUCGCGGCCCGGCAGCCGCUCCCGCCACGGUCCGACGACGCUGAGUACGACGACAAUGAGUACGACGCCGAGGAGCGCCGUGCGGCCGCUGACGGGGGCCACGGUGACAUGCACCCGGAUGAGGACGCUACGUCACAGAAAAAGGAGAAACGGCGGGAUGGCUUGCUCAAGAAGCUGGAGCUGGUCACCCACCUCCGAAAGACGCUCGACAUGACCGUCGUCGCCUACAUUUGCACCCUGUACUAUAUGGAAUGCUCCCUCUUCCGAUUCCUCAUCCGCCUCUUUCCGCACUACUCUUUCCUGGCCGUAAAAGACGACGUGCUCCUACCCGGCGGACAUCCCCCCAUCUACCUCAUCCUGGCGCCGAACCUCCUCUGCAUGCUGGCGCACAUGUCAUUUGCCCUGCCCGAGGCCGGCGAAGCGACGCGCGGCUACCUCCACGGCGGUGUCAUCAUAGACUUUAUCGGGCAGAAACCGCCAAGGUCGAGUCUUGCUUUUCUGCUAUUCGACUUGGUGAUUUUAGGCGUGCAGUCUCUCAUGCUGGCCGUGCUUCAGGAGCAGGAGAAGCUGAAGAAGGCCGUGUUGCCGAGGGUCAGGCCCAUCGGCGAUCAGACUGGACAGGCGCCGGCGCCGGAGACGACGCAGGACCACGAUGCCGAGGAGCGCGGCGUGUUGAGGGACGAUGAAACGUACCUCGGCGAUGGGGGAGGACUGGAACUCCAGUCGUUAUCAGGAGGCGGUAACAACCGCGAGCGUCGGAGUGCCGGCGAGGAUGAGCAAAAUGGGGACACCUAUUCGUCGGUAUCUGCCAGCGCGGACAUGCUGGACAUUAUCAGGUCGGGCGACGCUGUACUGGCCAAUUUCCAUGUCAUCCAUGCUGUUCGGACGGUGGGAAGCGGCGCACAGAGUACGGCGGCUUACAUGCUGCAAACCGCAGGUUACGGCACUACACUUGCCGCUCUAGCCGCGCAGCAGAGGAGCAGGCUUGUUAUUAGCACGCAGCAGAGGUAG